UCUGAAAAGGCUUUGGUCUGGCUGUAUUUCCUGUACCUGUGUGUAUGUGGAUCCUUAUCUUUGAGUCCAGGAGUUUAAAAGCUAUGCAGUCCGUACAGCGCCCGAUUGACCGCCAGAGAUACGACGAGAACGAGGACUUGUCGGACGUGGAGGAGAUCGUCAGCGUCCGCGGCUUCAGCCUGGAGGAGAAGCUGCGCAGCCAGCUGUACCAGGGGGACUUCGUGCACGCCAUGGAGGGCAAAGAUUUCAACUAUGAGUAUGUGCAGAGAGAAGCUCUCAGAGUUCCCCUGAUAUUUCGAGAGAAGGAUGGCCUGGGAAUUAAGAUGCCUGACCCUGAUUUCACAGUCCGAGAUGUCAAACUCCUAGUGGGUAGCCGGCGGCUGGUGGAUGUGAUGGACGUGAACACCCAGAAGGGCACGGAGAUGAGCAUGUCCCAGUUUGUGCGCUACUAUGAGACGCCCGAGGCCCAGCGGGACAAGCUGUACAACGUCAUCAGCCUUGAGUUCAGCCACACCAAGCUGGAGCACUUGGUCAAGCGUCCCACCGUGGUAGACCUGGUGGACUGGGUGGAUAACAUGUGGCCCCAGCACUUGAAGGAGAAGCAGACGGAAGCCACGAAUGCCAUUGCAGAGAUGAAGUACCCGAAAGUGAAGAAGUAA